AGUCUUGAGGCCGUGUCAUUGGCUGAGUAGGCUGAUGACAAGUCGCAGGCUGGAGGAUAAAAGCUCGCUGCUCCCUCACUGCAGACACUCUGUUGAUCUCAGUCCAAUUGCUCGCCUCAACUCAAAGGAUUUACUUACCUACACUACGUACCGCUCUCUGCCAUCCACAACAACUAUGUGCAAAGGACUAGCUCUGUCUACCACCUGCCUAGAAAGGGCCAAGGAACUGAAAGCAAGGAUGGUCAGCUUUCUGCAAAAACCCAACUGGAGUCUAUCAAGCUGCAAAAUAGGCAAAACUAGACCUACUCUGGAAGAAUGCAUGAGGUGGAAAGAGUCUUUCGAAAAGCUGCUGUCCAAUAAACAUGGACUGAUAGCCUUCACAGAUUUCCUGGUGUCAGAGUUCAGUGAGGAAAACAUUGCGUUCUACUUUGCCUGUGAGGACUUCAGGAGCACUAAGUCUGCUGCCAAGCUGGCCGCCAAAGCCCAGAGAAUCUAUGAUGAGUUCAUCUGCACCGACGCACCCCGAGAGGUGAACAUUGACCACGAGACUCGUGACAUCACCAGGGCCAACCUGAAAGAUCCAUCUACGUCCUGUUUCGACAUGGCCCAGCAUAGGAUUUACCUUCUCAUGGCAAAGGACUGCUACCCUCGCUUUCUCCGUUCCCCGGCUUACAAAGAUCAUAUCAGCCAGCUCCGUGCCAAGUGCACAUCCACCUCCAAGAAGGCGUGAACUAGUAGCAGUGGACCUAGUGUGGUCGUCUAAAGUUUGAACAGAAAAGGGACUCAUCGCCGUUGAGCGUUGACCAGGAGUGAAGCCUUAAGAUGGGAAUGUCUACAGAUCGAGAUGGACAGAUGGGGAAAUUCUGGUGCCAGCUAUUCUGAAAGAUGAGGACUGUCAAUUACCAUACAGCUCUGAAGGAGGGAAAGAGAAACAGAAAACACAAACGGAGUGAUACCCAUAUGGACAGAAGUUGGGACUUUAACAAGAACUGUGAUGCAAUAUCACCACAUGAUGUGGACUAUCAUUAGUGAAUGUACGGAGAUACAGAGUGGGCUGAAGGAAGUGUGUAAAGGAUGCAUUGAUAAUGAGUUGGACUUUAACAAUCAAAGGCACACUGAUACAGUGUCCCAGUCUACUGCAUCAAUGUCUAACUGUGUUCGUAACUAGACAUGUUUUCAGGGUUGGGUAUGUUACUUUGUAAAUGUAAUCCAUUACAGUUACUAGUUACCUGUCCAAAAUUGUAAUCAGUAAUGUAACUUUUGGAUUACACAA